AUGGUGCGUUUAAGACAGAUACCACGCAGUGCGGCCUUCGCCUGGUCUCCCGGCCAUGCCUCUCCCUUCCUUGCGACUGGAACCCAUGUCAGGGCCGUCGAUGUCGAUUUUUCCAAUGAGACUUUUUUAGAGCUGUGGGAUCUCAAGCUCGAUAGUGAGAAUGCGGGAGCUGAGCUGCAGCCAGUAGCCAAGAUUAGUACGGAGUCCAGAUUCCAUGAUCUUGGGUGGGCGGAGACAGAAGAUAGUACCAGAGGACUGAUUGCUGGAGCGUUGGAGAAUGGAUCCCUGAAUCUAUGGGACGCUGCAAAGCUGCUGGAUGGCUCUAGUGAGCCGGCUAUGAAAGUGUCUGCUCAUAGCGGGGCAGUCAAGACGCUUCAGUUUCACCCAAAGCACUCCAAUCUCCUAGCAAGCGGUGGAAGCGUAGGGGAGUUAUUCAUCACCGACCUCAACAACAUCGAGAACCCUACUAGGCUGGGGAAAGUAGCAGCCAGCCAAGUCGAGGUAGAUUGCCUCGACUGGAACAAAAAAGCCGGAAAGGAGAGCUUGACCCUUAAGAACCUGGGCCGUAAGCCGGUCAGUGCUAUCGCCUGGGACCCAGAGAAGCCUACCAGACUAGUUACCUCCAUACCCCUCGAGACUGACCCAGUUAUUCUUGUAUGGGACUUGCGUAACGCCAAUGCUCCCGAGCGGGUGCUAAAGGGCCACGAAUCCGGCGUUCUCUCGCUAUCGUGGUGUCCUCAAGACCCAAGGCUCCUACUUUCCAGUGGUGAGGAUAACCGAAAUAUCUGCUGGAACGCCCAGACCGGCGAGGCAUACGGAGAGUUCCCAAUUGUUACAAACGCUACCUUCCAGACUCGAUUUAACCCUACCAACCCCAACAUCCUCGCUACCGCCUCCUUGGAUGGAAAGAUCUCUAUCCAGACCCUCCAAAAUACUAACCCUGAAAUGGCGCAAAAGGGUGAUGAUGCGCAACCUCUCAAUGAUGAAGACUUCUUCGCCAAGGCGCAGACUCAACCUCAAGGCCCUACUUUCUCAUUACCCAAAGCUCCUAAAUGGCUUGAGCGUCCAACUACUGCCAAUUUUGGCUUUGGUGGAAGGGUCAUCUCCGUGGUAACUGCGCCAGGGACGCGGACAUCGACCAUUCGUAUCAGCAAGUUCGAGGUAGACGCCAGCAUUGGUGCUGCCACUGAUGCUUUUGAGACCGCAUUAAGCUCCGGAGACGUCCGCAGUAUCUGCGAAUCUCGAGCUGCGGAGGCCAAGACUGAAGAAGAGAAGUCCGACUGGAGAGUUAUGACUACCAUGAUGUCGGAAACGCCUCGGAAGGAACUCAUAUCUCACCUUGGAUUCUCUGGAAGCGUCGAGGAGGCCGCGGACAGCUUAUCAAAGCUCGGACUGAAAGCAGAGGGAGCAGAAGAGGAAGAAAAAACAAAUGGCGAAGAGAAGCCGGCGCUCACACCUCCUUCGGGAGCCAAAAGACAUAAGAGACUUACCUCCAUCUUCGAUUCCAGCGCCGAUAAUGACAGCUUCUUGAAUGACCUAUCUGCCUCCAAGGAAGCUAAGACCAACAAUCCAUUUAAGCUGUUUACUGGAGAGGAGACUGAAGCCGACAAGGCCAUUACAAAGGCUCUUGUGCAAGGACAAUUCGAUAAGGCCCUUGAAACUUGUCUGCAGGAGGACCGGAUGGCUGAUGCUCUCAUGAUUGCCUUGUCUGGGGGCCAGAAAUGUAUUGAAAAGGCUCAAGAGGCAUACUUCCUCAAAAAGUCUGAGGGACCCAGCUACAUCCGUCUACUCGCAUCCAUUGCCGGAAAGGAUAUCUGGGACGUCGUGCACAAUGCAGAUCUCCAGAACUGGAAGGAAAUAGUUGCUAUCAUUUGCACUUUUGCCGAUGAUAAGGAAUACCCCGACCUUUGCGAGGCGCUUGGUGACAGACUGGAAGAAUACUCAAGAACUAACGACAGCAAGGAGACUCGCAAGGACGCUUCGUUCUGCUAUUUGGCUAGUUCCAAGUUGGAAAAGGUUGUCUCUAUCUGGAUCCAGGAACUAAAAGAGAACGAGAACAAGAUGGUUGAGAAUGCCUCUGGCGAGACUGGAUUCUCCAUUCAUGUUCAAGUGCUCCGGGACUUUAUUGAGAAAGUCACUGUCUUCCGCCAGGUAUCUAAAUUCGUGGACUCUGAGCGACAAAAGGAAUCGGACUGGAAGCUCAGCUCUCUCUAUGACAAGUAUAUUGAAUAUGCUGAAAUUGUUGCUACUCAUGGCAGAUUGGACGUAGCAGAGAAAUACCUUAGCCUGUUGCCAGACAGCCAUCCUGCAGGAGGAGUUGCAAAGAACCGCAUCCAACUGGCCACCAAGAAGGUUACUACCAAGGCAGCUACCAAAGCAGCAACUUCACAUAUUCCUGCAGCCAGACAGUCUUCAGCAGGUCUGUCUCAGCAGUCACUUGGCUACACCCCCCCACAGCCUCAAGUUCAACAGCAACCGCCGCCAAUGGUGAACCGUGGCCCAAUUCCAAACAAUCCAUACGCUCCACCUGCUUUCAACCAACCCAGCAACCCUUAUGCCCCAAAUGUUCAGACAUCCAACUAUGCACCCACGGCUGGCUACCAGCCGGCGCAACAGGCCGGCAUUACCCCUCCCCUAUUCCCUGGUCAACAAGGCCAUGGAGUUCCACCUCCUCCAAGAGGCCUCACACAAUCUCCCUCAACGGUAAAGCCACAUACCGAGCGAACCAACGUCCCUGCGUGGAACGAUCUGCCCGAAGGAUUUGCUAGGACUCCAACCCCUCGCCGCGGAACCCCAAGCCAAGGUCCUGCGGUUAUCAGUUCACCUUUCCCCAAUCAACAACAAACCCAAAGCCCUCCCCCUCCUCCCGGCCCUCCAGGUCCAGGUCAGCGAACUUCCAUGCCCGUUCCUCCACCUCCAAAGGGCCGAUUCCCAUCUCCAGCGCAAGCAACCCCUCCGGGUUCUGCGGGUGGUUCUCAGUUCGUACCACCGGAACGACCAUCAUCUACCGCAAACCUGUAUGCCCCCCCUCCAGUACAAUCUCCUCCAACAGGACAAGCUGGUGGCCCUCCACACAUUGCCCGCAGUGCGUCCCCUUAUAGCCCACCACCAGCUGGCCCACCGCCUUCAAAUCGUUAUGCCCCAGUUCCAUCGGCCCAGCCUGCUCAUCCAACUGGACCUCCCGGACCCCCCGGCCCCCCUGGACCACCUCAGCAGGCACCAGGCCCAAGCCCAUAUGGAGCUCAGCGAUUCCAGCCAGCACCACCACCCCAGGGAACUCCCCAAGGGCCUUAUGCACCACAAGGUGGCCAGUUCGCUCAACCUCCGCCACCACCCCACACAGGUGCUCCUCCGCGACAGGAUUCGCGACCAAGCACUAGCCAAUCGCAGAAGAAAGCUCCACCAGCCCCUCCUAAACACCCCGCCGGUGACCGUUCCCACAUCCCAGACAAUGCCAGGCCAAUCUUUGAUAUUCUCUCCGUUGAUAUGCAGCGCGUGAAAGCCCGUGCUCCAUCCACGUUCAAGGCCCAAGUCAACGAUACCGAACGAAGACUAAACAUUCUGUUCGACCACUUAAACAACGAGGAUCUCCUAAAGCCCGGCACUAUCGAUAGCAUGGUUGAGCUAUCCCGAGCCAUUCAAAGCAGAGACUACGAAGCUGCGCAGGCGAUUCACUUGGAUAUCUUGACUAACCGCACCGAUGAAUGCGGAAACUGGAUGGUUGGUAUCAAACGAUUGAUUGGCAUGAGCAAAGCAACACCAUAG